AUGACCAGCAUCGAGAGUAUCCCCGAAAAAUGGGCUGCGGCCUGGUCCGACAACGAUUCAGCCGCUUUCGCAAACUUGUUUGCCCCGCAAGCCGUGUACACCGACCACGCGCACCAGCUCAUCACGACCAAGCUGGAGGAUCAUCACAGGGUCUGGCGCAACGCCAACCCAAACUUCAAGGUCAUUGUCGACCCGUCGACGCCGAUCUGGUGGGCUAGAGACAACGCUGAUAACUACGGGAAGAGAGCGAGCUGCAGUUUCAGAACUAUCAACACCGGGACCUUUAUGGAGUCGCUGCCGAGAAAGGUCGCUUCGGGCAAGAAUUGGUCAUUCGUUGCAAUGGUGCAUUUGAGUGUUGAAGACGGGCUGAUCACGCAGCUCGACGAGUUUUAUCGGGAUAGCUUUGACGAGGGGGUCCCUGUAGAACAAUACCUAAUCCGCUGCUUUGCCGUCAGGAUCAACCAAGUUAUGGUAUACCUCAGGUCCUCGUCCGCCGUUCAGAGCGUGCACCCUAAGCACGUCGAAUCGAAUCCGCAUGAGGUCUCUGUCGGGGAGAAGAGCUCUGUUGUCAGCGAAGAUGUCGACGAUGCGCCCAUUUUCAAUCUCCGCGCUCUGACGACUGCCUGCGAAUGA